AUGGCAAAUCAGCUCUCGCAGACGCAAUGCCUUACACAGGCAGCCACGUUGACGCCAUUGUCGACGUUUGGACCACCGUUGACAGGAGCUUUUCAUCAAUCACUUCAAUCACCCACAAUGGCGGCUGCGUGUUACUAUGGCUCAUCACAGUCGUUGAUGCCGAAUCAGACGGCCCACAUGAACUAUCCGUCGUUGAACACCACCUCGCCAUCGACGGAUUCUUUGUUUUCCGUCUCGACGUCGUUGAAUUCGCUACCAUCUGAAUGUCCGCCACGUCGUAGCGAUCUCGACCUGAAAAUGGAGACUCCUGACGGUGAUGAGACGGAUGAUUUCUUUGACUUGGAAAAGCAUCAGAAAGCUCGAUCGGCUUCCUUUGGCGGUUCGACACCCUACAGUACACAGCUGGAAAUCGCUCGACACGGACUAUUCGCCCCAUCCCUCGACACCAUCGGAAGCGUUGCCAGCGGUAUUCCGACACUUGUACUUCAAAAUACAGUACGCCAUUUGGGUACUGCUUCAGGACCUCAAGCUCCACCCACUAAAGCAGCAACCUUUGUAAUUUCCCAAUGUCUCAUUUUGCCGUUCGACAGCGACGUCCCGUGGCAAGCUGUUAGCUGA